AUGACACAUUGGUUUCAUAGGAACCCAUUAAAAGCCACGGCUCCUGUCUCUUUUAACUACUAUGGUGUAGUCACUGGCCCAGCUGCUUCAAAAAUUUGCAGUGACCUGAGAUCAUCCAGAGCACGACUGCUUGAAUUGUUCACUGAUUUGAGCUGUAAUCCAGAAAUGAUGAAAAAUGCAGCAGAUUCGUAUUUUUCACUUUUACAAGGUUUCAUUAAUUCAUUGGAUGAAUCUACCCAAGAAAGCAAGUUACGAUACAUUCAAAAUUUCAAGUGGACUGAUACAUUACAGGGACAGGUUCCAAGUGCCCAGCAGGAUGCUGUUUUUGAAUUAAUUUCCAUGGGAUUUAAUGUUGCUUUAUGGUAUACCAAAUAUGCUUCAAGACUGGCUGGAAAAGAAAACAUAACAGAGGAUGAAGCAAAAGAAGUCCAUCGAAGCUUAAAGAUUGCAGCUGGGAUUUUUAAACAUUUAAAGGAAAGUCAUAUCCCAAAGCUCAUUACACCUGCAGAAAAGGGCCGGGAUUUAGAGGCACGACUCAUAGAAGCUUACAUCAUCCAGUGUCAGGCUGAAGCUCAAGAAGUAACAAUUGCUCGAGCAAUUGAGCUGAAACAUGCUCCUGGACUAAUUGCUGCUCUGGCAUAUGAAACAGCCAAUUUCUAUCAGAAAGCUGAUCAUGCUUUAUCCAGUUUGGAGCCUGCAUACUCUGCUAAAUGGAGAAAAUAUCUUCACUUGAAAAUGUGUUUCUACACAGCUUAUGCUUAUUGUUAUCAUGGUCAGACUUUGUUGGCUAGUGAUAAAUGUGGUGAAGCAAUCAGGUCGCUCCAAGAAGCAGAAAAAUUUUAUGCAAAGGCAGAAGCAUUAUGCAAAGAAUAUGGAGAAACCAAAGGACCUGGACCAACAGUCAAACCUUCGGGACACUUGUUCUUUAGGAAACUUGGAAAUCUUGUGAAGAACACUCUAGAAAAAUGUCAGCGAGAAAAUGGAUUUAUUUACUUUCAAAAAGUUCCAACAGAAGCCCCACAACUGGAACUCAAAGCAAAUUAUGGUCUUGUAGAACCUGUACCUUUCGAAUUUCCUCCUCCAAGUGCACACUGGACACCAGAAACGUUGGCUGCUUUUGAUCUCACCAAAAGACCCAAGGAUGACAGUGCUAAACCCAAACCAGAAGAAGUGGUGAAACCUGUGAAAGAACCAGAUAUCAAACCUCAAAAGGACACUGGGUGCUACAUCUCCUAA